AUGACGCGAGGCCAGGCGAAGAGGAGGCAGGACGAGACGAGCCGAGACGAGACUGGCAGGGACACAGAAUGCACGGCCGCCGUCGUAGUCAGUUUGAUGUCGCCGGGUGAACUGGGACCUUUGGACCUUUUGGACCUUGAGCCUUGGACCUGGGAGGGCUUAUCUCGAGGGGAGGGCGGGUGGAAGAGGAAAUGGAGGUUUCGCACUGGGGCGAUAUUUGGGCCUGUACUCGAAUUUUCGAACGAGGACGGAGAGCUGCCACGCUUCCACGGCAGUCCCCCAAAAGAAAUAUGGGGCUGA